UGAUCAGCGCGCGGAGACCGCCCUCAAGAUAGGAAGGCACAGAGGAGUGGAUUGACACUGGGAUUACCUGGAUGGAUCAUCGCAUAAAGUAUUAAUUCAAGUGCGACUGUUAGGAUACAUCCGCAGGUGUCUCGAGCAUGGUGUCUUGCGGUGGUACCGCCGUAUAACUUCAGGGAUUUAAUCCGUCCGAGGGGGUUGGCCGUGCAAGAUGGAACACUUAACUUUCAAACUGCUAUGUGUCGUAGCAAUAGGUAGUUUUGGGCCUGGUCUAGUCUCGAGCCUUACUUCAAGUGAGAUUGGAGAGAUAGACAGCUUCAUCAAUGGGAUGAUCAAGUGCAGGAAUAUCCCAGGCCUGUCGCUAGCUAUCGUGAAGAAGGAUAAGAUACUACAUGCCAGAGCUUACGGGUAUGCCGAUGUCGAGAAGGGCGAAAGGGCCACGGAUUCGACACGGUUCUGUAUUGGGUCUCUCACCAAGGCCUUCACUGCUACACUGCUUGCUAUGUUACUUGGCGAGCGUGAGGGAAUGGGGUGGGACACGCGAAUAAGAGACAUUCUCGGGGGCAGUUUUCACCUUAGCGACGAUCUUCGGACGGGGGAGGCCAACAUCCGUGACCUUCUGGCGCACAAGCUGGGGGUACCAGCCUACUUCACACCACUCCUGACGGGCUUCCCUCAAGACGUCACCAGGGAAGACAUUAUUGGGCGUCUCAGAUUCAUGGAGCCGAAGUACGAAUUCCGUACCAAAUUCCAGUACAAUAACUACAUGUACGGCUUAGCGGGGUACGUAGCGGAGAAACUCGAUGGUAAUGGCAAAACAUGGGAGGAUCUUGUCCGCGAGAGGAUCUUCAAGCCACUAGGGAUGGACACUGCUUUCUUCGUGGACCAAGGAGAGGAAUUGACGAGGUUUGCCAUGCCGUAUGUCACAGUGAAUGGAACCCUCAGACGAGUCAGCACCAAAACAACCCGAGUUGUCCAUCCGCUGGGUCCAGCCGGAUCAAUCGCUGCGACCUGUGAAGACAUGGCGAAAUGGCUGCGGUUCCACCUGAUGGAGGGCAAGAGCAUCCACAACCAGACCCUUGCUGAUAUGAGGCUAUUGGGGGAGACGUACACGGGACAGAUGCCCGAGCCCGCCAUACACCGUGAUAAGACACUUCCCAACUUCCCUGUCUCCGAUGUCAGCUUAUCUUACGACAUGGCAUGGUUGUCAGCAAUUUACAGAGGGUACAAAAAGGUUUGGCACUCAGGCGGAAUAUCAACAUAUGCGUCUCAUAUAUGGAUGUAUCCUGAAUUCAACAUAGGCGUCUAUGCAAAUUAUAACGGACCAACCUCACAAUCAGCUAAAGGACUAGAGGCCAUCAUGUAUUUCGUCAGUGACGUGUUACUGGGGUUACCAAGAUGGCUGAACCAAACCGCUGGAUGUAAAUACCCGGAUAUAGAUGGUGACCCAUAUGAUGGAGAUCAACCAAAGAAAAAUGGUAAUCAGGAAAAAACAGAGAAUCUUGUAUAUAAAAAUGACUCCAGUCGACCUCUCGGCGAGUUUGUGGGGGUUUAUGGCCAUCUUGCAUUUGGGAACAUAACUAUUUCUAAAAAUGAUACUUCGGGGAUACUUCAGAUGAAACUCGGGAUGCUGGGGGAAGCGGACCUCGUUCCCAUUGCCCCGGAUGAGUUUAACCUCACGUGGACAGGAGACCUUUGGUACCUCCAAUCGUCGGAUAUGAAAUCUCCCUCUCAGAAAAUUAUAUUCAAUUCGUCAAAUAUUCAAGGGACCAUCGAUACAUUGUACACCAAGAUGGACCCCAAGUUUUCCGUACCUUUCAAAAGGGGUUUAAAAUUAUCGGAUGCGCCUAUACCUAAUUAUAAAGGUUACUGUAUACCUAGUUCUUCUUCUCCGACUUUCAAAUCGUCAUAUUUUCUCAAUCUCCUCAUCGUAUUGGUCGUGUGCCUAAUAACUUGUCCGUCUGUUGUCUGAAAGUCUCUGUGGCGACAGAUCUGUUAUUAUUUCAAUUAAAAAGGCGUCGUCAGGCAGGUCCAUUUUCCUUAGUCCCUCGCACACCCAUGUCAGGGGUUCACUCGCCUUAUGGCUGUGGAGUGUAGAUGUUGAACGUACACUGAUGUACGUGCCUCAAAUUCAAUCGGGACACGUUUUAAUAUUCGGUGAGCACCAGGGCGAGCGCUGCCGUAAUUGUAGUCUUGCAAUGUUCGCGCUUAGUCCCAGACAGACGUUUGGCAUGUGCCAUCAUGCUGGACGUCCUCUCCCUCGUUGUUGACGGAUAAGGAUAUAGCUGGGCGUGCCCUCCCCUCGUUGUGGACAUGCAAUGUUGAACGAACGCUCCUGUGGUUGUGAACAUUAAGAUAUGCCAUGCUAAGUUCGCUGAAGGUAUUCUGCCCUCACGAUAUGUCAUUCAUUGUUUUUAUCUAAAUCUUAAUGUAUCAUUAACAGUUAUACUGGUAUUGUGUGAGUGUACUGGAUACUUCGUUCAUAAUAAUACUAUACAUGGAUAAGUGUUUAUGGUAAAUCAUUUCUAGCAUUCUAAACGCACUGAGAUGUAAAUUAUAUACUAAUCGUCAGGAGUACUUCUAUGUCAUUUAUUUGUAAAUAGGAACCCAUGGGCCUCACUUGUAAAAUAUGUCGCUGUAGUUUAUCAUUAAACAUCAACAACCAAAGUAAACACUCUGUUUAAGCCAUGCCCUGUUAGAGCAGGCGUAUUUUGCGUUCUACUACAUCUGGUGACUAUAUCCAGUUAGAUUUUAAGUUCGCUUCUUUGAUCACACAAGGCAGAUAAAACCUUACACAUGCAGACAGUACGUGAUAUUAGCCUUGUGUAACCAUACGGGACACAUUACAUUAGAAAAAGUGAGAUAGAUAGCAUAAUCAGUGUAUUAAAAACAUGAAGAAUUCCUACACGUAGGUCUUGUUCCAACG